AUGAAAAUCAAAAAUCAAAAAGAGUUGUCUAACAGCAAUCGACACAAGUGAAACAAUAAGUUAAUAAAUUAAAAAGAGCAUUAAUCCAGAAAGUGUGCGCCAAGUGCAGUGCGCGAAUGCGAAUCCAGUGAAGUUCAAAUCAAAGCACACUGCGGCGGCGUCGCUUUGCGUCGUGUAGUUCUUUCGUUCGCUUUUUCAUAUUCAAAGUAGUUUUUUUUUGUUUUCCCAUCUCCCUCUUCUGGUCGCGAGUGCGUUUGCGUGGCGCGAUGUUCUGUUUUAGUCCAUGAAGUGCAGUCGAGUUUGUUUCCAUCCAAACAACUAAAACAAUGUCGGAGGCCGAGCACAAGACCUUGUCACCCAAGCGCAGCGACUCUGAUGCUGCACCAGAGCACCAACAGCAGCAGCAUCAGCAGCAGCAACAGUUGCUGCUGCAUCAAACAACACAGUCUCUGCUCAUGGCUAGCUCCAUGCUUUGUCCCGGUCCCGUGCAUCCGCCCACUCAAAUCAAAUUCAAUGUUGAGGAUUUGCUGCAUGAAAACAAUCUGCUGCAUGCCAGGCUGAAGGAGCUGAGCAUCGAGCGCGAUCGCCUGCUCUGCGAGGUCUCCAAUCUGCGCCUGGAGCUGGACAUGGCCGAGCUGAAGCGGUUGCCGCUCGAAUUGGACGAAGGCUUUCCCCAGAAGAGCAUCGAGCGCAGCGGCUCCACACAAUACGAUCUGGCCGGAGCGCCAGUGGCCGCCCACGGCUCCAGCGCAGCCGCUGACAGCGUCGGCGGCUAUGUUUACCUGCAGAACCACUAUGCGGGCGGCGGAGGUGGUCACAACUCCGCCGCGACCAUAAACUAUCCCGCGCCGCAGCAUCCGCAGAUGAUCUACCAGAUCCAGCAGUAUCCCACGUGCCAUCAGCAGCAGCAGCAGCAGCAACUGCAGCAGCAUCAGCACUUUAUGCAAGUGCAGGCGGCACCAGCGGGCGCUGGCCACUAUCAUCAUCACAAUCACCACCUGCUGCACAGCCACGGGCAUCAUCACCAUCAUGGCGGGGCCGUGGUCAUUGCCGGCAGCGGCGUCGGCACCGGAGCCGGUGCAGCGGGCGCAGUUGUCCUGCAGCAGCAGCAGCAGCAGCAGAACAUGCACAAGAAGAACUCCAUACGGAACGGCGGGGAUGUGCUCAAGCGCACGCGCGCCCAGUCAGCCUACGAGCUAUCGCAGGAUCUGCUGGACAAACAGAUCGAGCUGCUGGAACGCAAGUACGGCGGCGUGCGGGCACGCAAUGCGGCUGUUACCAUACAGCGCGCCUUCCGACACUAUAUGAUGGUCAAGAAGUUCGCCUCCAUUACGGCCAUGGCCAAGGCGGAGAAGCGUCUCAGCCGGCGCAUGGUGGUGACCGCCUCGAGCUUGACCCUGGCCGAGGAGAGCGCCUCGGCGAAUGCCUCCCUAUCGUCUGCCUACGGCAGCGCCACAGAAUCUCAGCUGGAGCAACUGCAGCAUCAGCAACAACAACAACAACAACAACAACAACAACAGCAGCAGCAACAACAGCAGCAGCAGGCGGCACAGCAACAGCCACGUGUGACAAUAAUGGCAGGUCCGCCAGGCGCCGGCUCGCCGGGUCUCUCGCGGACGCCGCCGACACGUUCGUUGUCGAUGCGUGAGCGUCGCCAGCUGGACUGCAGUCCCAUACCACGUAGUCAGUCGGGCGCCUCACCCGUGUCCAUUGCCAGCUCCACAACCUCCGUAUCCGGCCUGGCCUCGCAUCCACACGUGAAUCUGCUGCACGCCGCGGAACCGCAUUAUUACAAUGCCCAGGCGAUGCCCACGGCAGCCGCUUAUUACACCAGCUACCACGGCUCGCCGCACGAUCUGAGCUAUGCCAGCUCGGCGGACACCUCGCUGAACGCCUCGUGGGUGAACACCAGCGGCCACUCGCCGCACACGCCCUACUACUCGGCGGCGCAGAUCUACAUGCGGCCUAAGGGCGGCAGCACCACGCCCACGCCCAGCUGCGGCAGCCAGGGCAGCGGCAGUGGCAAGAAGGUGCCGCCGGAGGUGCCCAAGCGCACAUCCUCGAUCACCGCGCAGCAGCAGAGCCAACUGCUGAUGAUGCAACGCCAGACACCGCCGCCGCCCUCGCUGCUGCGCACCAACGGGCUCUGCAAGACGGCCGAGAACGGCAGUCUGACAUCCGUGCAGAGCUCCGGCUCAGAUUCAAGCGUCACCUCCGCCGAGCGCAACAUUAACAGCGACUUGGGCUCGGAUCGCAGCAACUCGCCGCACACAUGGAAGCGCGGCACAGCGCUCAACAGCUCACAACAGUUCUCGACGCAUUCGGCGGACUCUGCCGGCGCCGCUGGCCAAAUCCAGGUGGCGAUCGCAGCGGCCACAGCAGCUGGCGGCGUGCCGCCCACAGAUGAUCAUGCCAUCUCCUCGCACACCAGUGCCGCCCAGUAUGAGCAGCACGAGCAGCAGCAGCACGAACAGCAGCAGCUGCAGGCGGCGGCCAGCGCGGCGGGCGUUGCCCAGAACUACAAGAUGUCGGAGACGAUACGCAAGCGUCAGUAUCGAGUCGGGCUUAAUCUUUUCAAUAAGAAGCCGGAGAAGGGCAUUACGUAUUUGAUCAGGCGCGGCUUUCUCGAGAACACGCCGCAGGGCGUAGCACGUUUCCUAAUCACGCGCAAGGGCCUCUCCCGGCAGAUGAUCGGCGAGUAUUUGGGCAAUCUCCAGAAUCAGUUCAACAUGGCGGUGCUCAGCUGCUUUGCCAUGGAACUGGAUCUGUCCGGCAGACAGGUGGACGUGGCGCUGCGCAAAUUCCAGGCCUACUUCCGCAUGCCCGGCGAGGCGCAAAAGAUCGAGCGCCUCAUGGAGAUCUUCUCGCAGCGCUACUGCGAGUGCAAUGCGGACAUUGUGGGGCGACUGAGAUCAUCCGAUACGAUCUUUGUGCUAGCGUUUGCCAUCAUCAUGUUGAACACGGAUCUGCAUACGCCAAAUCUGAAGCCGGAGCGGCGCAUGCGCGUCGAGGACUUUAUCAAGAAUUUGCGGGGCAUCGAUGAUUGCCAUGACAUUGACAAGGAUAUGCUGAGCGGCAUUUUCGAGCGCGUCAAGUCCGACGAGUUCAAGCCGGGCAGCGACCAUGUCACCCAGGUGAUGAAGGUCCAGGCCACUAUAGUGGGCAAGAAGCCGAAUCUGGCGCUGCCGCAUCGCCGGCUGGUCUGCUAUUGUCGCCUGUACGAGAUACCCGAUGUGAACAAGAAAGAACGCCCCGGCGUCCAUCAGCGCGAGGUGUUCCUGUUCAACGAUCUGCUGGUCAUCACAAAAAUCUUUAGCAAGAAAAAGACCUCUGUGACGUACACGUUCCGCAACAGUUUCCCGCUCUGCGGCGCCGUUGUCAGCCUACUGGACUUGCCCAACUAUCCGUUCUGCAUUCAGCUGUCGCAGAAGGUCGACGGCAAAAUCCUGAUCACCUUCAAUGCGCGCAACGAGCACGAUCGCUGCAAGUUUGCCGAGGACCUCAAAGAGUCCAUCAGCGAGAUGGACGAGAUGGAAUCGCUGCGCAUCGAGGCUGAACUCGAGCGCCAGAAGUCGGCGCGCAAUCGUGCCCCCGGCAAUGCAGACAAUCGCGACAGCGGCGUCGCCGAUGUCGAGGUCUGUCCAUGUCCCUAUCAGCCGGGCACCCAAGCCUCCGGCGAACAAGCGCCCAACUCGGCGGACUCCACGCAGCUGAAGCGCAGUGCGCUCAGCAACAGUCUGUUGGACAUGCACGAACAAUUUGGCAAUGAGAAGCCACAACGACGUGGCAGCGUCGGCUCCCUGGACAGCGGCAUGAGCAUCUCGUUUCAGUCGACAACCACGUCAAGUGCGUCGCGGGAAAACGCGGCUGCCAUUGCAGCUGCCGCCAAUGCGGCCAAUGCGGCAUCCAAGAUCAGAUUCAAUCUGCAGGCCACCACCAGCAAUGUGUAUGCGGCGCCCGGUAUGCAGGCCUACACGCACGCCAACUUUGUGCAACAGUCGCAGGCGGCUUAUUUACUGCAGCAACAACAAAUGCUGCAGCAGCAGCAGGUAGCGCAGGCACAAAUGCAGGCACACGCCCAGGCACAGGCCCAGGCACAGGCACAGGCCCAGGCACAAGCACAGGCUCAAGCACAAUCGGGAGCUGUGGUCAUGGGACGCAUACCAGGACGAGAACGCAAGGCAUCGCGAUCUGAUGACUCGCGCUCCACCGAGGUCUAAAUAUGGCGCAAUUUAUGUAUAUUCAGUUCUUCACCAACCGAUAAAUAUAUAAUACGCAUCCUACACACAUCUAUAUAGCAUACGAGUAGCUUGAUCUUUGUAUGAUCCGAAUCGAAACGAACCGAACCGAAAGCCAUUUUUUUUUUGUUUAAAUCAACACCUAACACACUCAGCAGCUACAAUUUGAAUUCUUAAAUGUUCCUUCGUUCUCUGCUAAUAUUAAUGUACAUAAAUUACAUUUUUGUCUAUUUACGCGAUUGAAAUACGGUUUAAGUAAGUUUUCAAAAAACUAAUUGUACAUAUACUACAACAUUUAUCAACAAUUUAUAUUUAUCUAUAACUAAUUAUCUAUUCAAAUACCCUCUAUGAUCGCCGCAUACUCGUAUAACUCGGACAGCGGCCAGUUAGCAUAAACCAACUUUUGAAAUACCCUUUCAGCAGCUAGUUGCUUUCUUUUGUAUCUAAUCCCUUCUAUCCAGUACAUAUAAACGUAGUUCUAUUAAAAAAACCAAUCCAACCGAUAAGUGCGCGCUUUGUAUAUUACGUUUUCUUAUCCCACAAUUGCGUUUGUGUAACUAAAAACGAUCGUAUAUACCGCGUGCGUGUGUAUAUACCAUGAAUAUUAACUAAAAAGCAAUUAGCUAUAAUUAUUCAUAUUUAUAGAACCAAAACUACCCAAAACCUAAAAUAUUAAAUAAUAAUAAUAAUAAUAAUAAAACGCAGUGUACGGAAACAAACACCCGAUAUAUAUACUU